AUGAACUACUCCGCCGUCUCGGACGUUAGCGAGUCUAUCUUUGGACCACCAUCUGAGCUCAUCGAGGUUGGUGCUCUACCGGAUGCUUCUGCUGAAUUAGAAGGCGCCUGGGCGCAGCUGGAUGCUGUUCUCGAAGGGAUUGAACGCGAGAAGCUUGAACAGAUCGAAGCCGAGUGCAGUGUAGAUGACUUCAAGAAGGGCAUGGAGGAAGCGGCUCACGAUCCUCGGCGAUUCGUCUUAGCUUUGGGCCCGCAUGAGCGCACCCUGCGUGCCCUUGAGGAUACGAAGAUGCGGGCCAGAAGCCGGAAGAAAGGCCGCGAGUUGAAGGAGAAUGCCGACCUUACAUCCGAGACGCGCGCAUUUAAGGAUAAGCUCGAUGGUGUGGCGCUGAAGUGCUGGCCGAUACCUGAUGGAGCUGCAUUGUUCAUCCGUGGAGGUAUGAACAAGGACAGGAAUGCGAUUCGCAAGAUUAAAUCUACACGUAACGGUACUUUACCCAAAGCCGGAGACGUCGUGAUUACGGCCAGCAUCUACGCGCGCGGCAAAUACACUUGGCAUACCGUAUCGCGUCUUUCGCAACACAUACUGCUAGGACGCCAGACGUUGGGGAACUUGUAUGACAUCAUCCCGUGUGCGACUAACGAGUUGCCUGCUGAGACGGGCACGCCAGACGGAUAUGACGCGGACAAGCGCGCGGAGUCUCUCGGUGCAGUCAUGGUCAUCGAAGGCGUCGCAUACGGAGAUGGGCUGAGCGAAUGCGACUACUCAGACAAGCUCAUCGAUAAGUUGUCGGAUCCGCCGCAGAAAGGUGAAGCGAUGCAUCAGACUCGGCUCGAUAGUCUAGCUAUACGCCUGAACGAGCCUUAUUGGAUGCUGCACGAAGGUGCUUGCGAACACUUCAUCGUCUUCGACCAGAUCAGGUUCUGGCAGCCACAUUCCACCGAUGUGCCAGACACCGCUGGCUAUCCGCUGACGACGCAUAUGGCUCCCGUAGGCCUUUCGCUGUGUAUCGCAUGCGGUAAAGUUCCAGCGCUCUAUGCUGUGCUGGGAGAUCUGCGUUUGGGGCAGAGUCCGGCGCAUAUGUGUGGUCCCUGCUGGCGGAUGAUGGGGCCCGAGUACGCUGCACCCGACGUCAGGAUUGUGCCUCUGCCUAAGCACGAACAUGGUUGGGUCCUGGAUGCCACUGGGGAAGAGGAGGAGGAAGAGUGA